AUGGUUUCAGUCCGUCUACUAUGCAUUGCCCUUGCAACAGUACCUGGUACCCUGGGUGCUAUCGUGGAUCUACCGGCUGCCAUCAUUGGCACGUACAAUGUGUCAUUUCUCAUGGGAGCAGCCCCGAUAUCGUUUGUUCAAAGCCCACCCGAUCGUGUUCGAGCUCGGUCGAGAGGCAAACGCGGGCCCCCGCUGUUGAACUUUAUAUCGUUCGAGGAAGCCAAGAUUCAGAUUCCGUAUGUUGCUAGGAUAGGAAGUUCACCGAGCAAGCCCUUCCUUUUCAAACGACGAAUCAUGGUCGACAACGCGAUUAAUGUUGCCGGCUCAUGGAUCGCUUUUGGCCUUAACACAACGCUCAACAAGUUCAUUCCUGCGAAUUCGUCGGACAGUCUGUCGUAUGAUUAUGAAGUCGAGGGCGUGCUCAAGGCUAAGAUUCAGCCUGCAACGGGCUCAAUUCCUCUAUCAUCUUUCAGAGAGGCUGCUGGGUUGCCUUGGUUUGCAGAGUUUGUUACUUGUGCCCAGCACUUUUAUAACUUUACGAACCCGGUCCAGCGACUUUCUGGCAAGUCAUGGACGGUCGAACUCGCGGAAGGCAUAACGGUUCCAGUAGAAGGAAUUCAUACAACAGUCCCAUUCAAAAUCGUCGGAGCGCUUGGAUGUGAUUUGUAUCUUUAA